UAUGAAGAACAAACAAGUUGCUGUACAUAUUGAGAAUGUCACACAUGCAAAGUCCUUGUGGUCCAGUCUUAGCGAUUUUAUUCAAGUUUUUCUUCAUAUUGAAUAAUUGAGUUCAGACAGCGAAGAGUUCAGUUGCAGGAGGAGAACCAUCCAGUUAUACUGCCGAGAUUCGAUCGUCUUACAGAACUCUUGGUGAGGAACGCACAUCUGAGGGUUUACCACGGCGGGGUUCAGAUGACCUUGGCGAACCUGCGGAGGAACUUCUGGAUACCGGCGGGUCGCAGCCUGGUCCGUGGCAUUCUUCAUCGCUGUGUUACGUGCGUGCGGCAUAGGGCCGCCCCGUUCCAGCCUCUCAUGGCGCCCUUGCCGGCGACCAGGGUGACGCCGGCUCCCCCGUUCUCCACGUGCGGGGUCGACUAUGCUGGUCCUAUCGGCGUGCGGACGACCAAGGGGCGAGGACAUCGCAGUUGCAAGGGGUACAUCGCGGUUUUCGUGUGCUUUGUGACCCGCGCGAUGCACCUAGAGCUGGUGAGCGACUAUUCGACCUCGGCCUUCCUUGCGGCGUUCCAUCGCUUCGCCGCCAGACGCGGCGUACCGGCCGUCGUAUACAGUGAUCAGGGCACGACAUUCGUUGGAGCCGAUCGGGAACUGCGGACGGCCCUCAAGGCCGCUGGUGCAGAAGGAGGCCCCAUCGCGGAAGCACUGGCGAACGACGGCACGGAAUGGCGAUUUCAACCGCCGGCGACGCCCCACUUUGGCGGGAUCUGGAAGCCGGGGUCAAAUCGGUCAAACACCACCUCCGCCGAGUCGUCGGGGAACACACCCUAA